UCUCACUGCUCUUGCAUUGGCCCACUGCUGGUUCUUUUUCUGUAGACGCUCAGCGGCCUCCCUGAAGACAAUGUCCGCCCCUUUGCCAUGCCCCCCAAGCCUCAGAGUGCUGGCCGGGGCGGGGCCUAAGGCGGAGAGGCGUGGCGACGCGGCCAGGCGCGGGUAAAGGGCCUGCCUAGGAGCGGCGGGAGCCUUCAGGAGAAGCGCGCUGCUUUGCUCUUGGCUCUUACUCCUCCUCCCUCCGCAGCCCUCCACAGUCACCCCGGAGACCGGCCCUGUUAAGCUCUCCAAACUAAAGCUGACUGAUUUCCAUGGCAGCCGCGAAGAAAGCAGUUCUGGGGCCAUUGGUGGGAGCAGUGGACCAGGGUACCAGCUCGACACGGUUUUUGGUUUUCAAUUCAAAGACAGCUGAACUUCUUAGUCAUCAUCAAGUAGAAAUAAAACAGGAAUUCCCAAGAGAAGGAUGGGUAGAACAAGACCCGAAGGAAAUCCUGCAGUCUGUUUAUGAGUGUAUAGAGAAAACGUGUGAAAAACUUGGACAGCUCAAUAUUGAUGUUUCCAACAUUAAAGCCAUUGGUGUCAGCAACCAGAGGGAAACCACAGUAGUCUGGGACAAGCUAACUGGAGAGCCUCUCUACAAUGCCGUGGCUGCUCCAGUUUCUCCUGGCUCUUCAGUUCCAGUUGCCGUUGUGCCCUCUGGCUCUUCAGUUCCAGCUGCUGGUACUUCCUCAGUGUGGCUUGACCUAAGAACACAACCUACUGUUGAGAGCCUUAGUAAAAGAAUUCCAGAAAAUAAUAACUUUGUCAAGUCCAAGACAGGCCUUCCACUUAGCACUUACUUCAGUGCAGUGAAACUUCGUUGGCUGCUUGACAACGUGAAAAAGGUUCAAAAGGCUGUUGAAGAAAAUAGAGCUCUUUUUGGGACCAUUGAUUCAUGGCUCAUUUGGAGUUUGACAGGUGGAAUCAAUGGGGGUGUCCACUGUACAGAUGUAACAAAUGCAAGUAGGACGAUGCUUUUUAACAUUCAUUCUUUGGAAUGGGAUAAAGAGCUCUGCGAAUUUUUUGGAAUUCCAAUGGAAAUUCUUCCCAGUGUCCGGAGUUCUUCUGAGAUCUAUGGCCUAAUGAAAAUCUCUCAUAGCUUGAAAGCUGGGGCCUUGGAAGGUGUGCCAAUAUCUGGGUGUUUGGGGGACCAGUCAGCUGCUUUGGUGGGACAAAUGUGCUUUCAGGAUGGACAAGCCAAAAACACGUAUGGAACAGGGUGUUUCUUACUGUGUAACACAGGCCAUAAGUGUGUAUUUUCUGAACAUGGCCUUUUGACCACUGUGGCUUAUAAACUUGGCAGAGACAAACCUGUGUAUUAUGCAUUGGAAGGUUCUGUAGCUAUAGCUGGUGCUGUAAUCCGCUGGCUAAGAGACAACCUUGGAAUUAUCCAGUCCUCUGAGGAAAUUGAAAAACUUGCUAAAGAAGUAGGUACUUCUUAUGGCUGCUACUUUGUUCCAGCAUUUUCAGGGUUAUAUGCACCUUAUUGGGAGCCCAGCGCAAGAGGGAUCAUCUGUGGACUUACUCAGUUCACCAAUAAAUGUCAUAUCGCUUUUGCUGCAUUAGAAGCUGUUUGUUUCCAAACUCGAGAGAUUUUGGAUGCCAUGAACCGCGACUGUGGAAUCCCCCUCAGUCAUUUGCAGGUAGAUGGAGGAAUGACAAGCAAUAAAAUUCUUAUGCAGCUCCAAGCAGACAUUCUGUAUAUUCCAGUAGUGAAACCCUCCAUGCCUGAAACAACUGCUCUAGGAGCUGCCAUGGCAGCUGGGGCAGCAGAGGGGGUUGGUGUUUGGAGUCUCGAACCUGAGGAUUUGUCAGCUGUCACAAUGGAACGGUUUGAACCUCAGAUCAACGCUGAAGAAAGUGAAAUCCGUUACUCCACAUGGAAGAAAGCUGUGAUGAAGUCAAUUGGUUGGGUUACAACUCAGUCUCCAGAUAGUGGUAUCCCAUAAAUAUCACUUCAUGGAUUCCCAAGAUGCAAACUUUUAAGGAAAUCUGACAAUUCUGUCUCAUAAUGUAAUGAUGCUAAUCAUAGACUCUUGAUUUUUUCAUAAGCCACUUGCUGCAUGAUCCUCCAAGUAGACCUAUGCCUUGAAAUAAAGAAAAUGCAGCAGAAAGAAUGUUCCAGAAACAUUUAGUGUAGUUGUUUAACAUUGACAGUUAAGGUUGGGCCAGCUACCUUUGGGGCUGACCCCUCCACUAUUAUGAUGUCCUACACUAUUCCGUCUAAGGUUAAGGAUGAAUUUGUAUCCUGUCUAUUGACGUAUGCCAUCCAGUAUUUCCAGAUGCUCGUGGACCUGGAUUUGAUCCUCUGCACGACAAAUGUCUGAGGAAGGAGUUGUUACUAACUUCUUCAAAAUGAGUGGCCUUUUGCUUGUGUGCUUAAAACAGAUCAGAUGUCUACUUUUCUACAUUUUGGAAGACCACAACAUCACUGACUAUUUCAAUGGACACAUCUGAGGAAUUAAUAGAUAGUGAUUUGCUUUUCUCAUAACUUGGACUUUCUGAACAGUGUUUGCCAAAACUGAAAAUUUUCAGGUGUUUUACACUGUCUCACUAAUUAGCAUGGCUUUCUGUCUGUACCUUAUAGGAUAGAAUACUUUUUUCCUUUUUUUUUUCAUUUCUCCUUUUUAUAUUUUUUAUUCUGUAUGUAUAACAUACAUGCCUAUAUAUUUUAUAUACUGACGGUAGCCCAUUUAUAAAUUAAGAGCACAUUAUAUUCAGUAAAUUAUAACAGGGCUGGUCUUAAGUGGACUACUAUGUAUAUAAAUUUGGGGGGAAAUCUGUAUACAUUUUUGGGCAACGGUUAUGCAUAUUAUUUACCAGAAGAAAACUUUUCUUAUACAGUCCAACAUUUGAAAUUUAGGUAUAUAUUCAGUAUCAAUUAAAUAAAUUAUACUAUAUUGUGAUUUCAACGGUAUUUCUUAUGCUCUGCCAUUUAAUUAUCUCAGCUGGAAGAAAAUCAACUGCAGCAUGUAACAGUAAAUACUGUUCUCAAACAGGAGUACUAGCCCAAAUAAAAAUUUUUCUUUGAAUUGAUGUUUCCAUAUUUGAGAUCGUAUUGAGGAAUUGUCAUAAAUGCAAAAGCUAAGUAGAAAAAUGUGUGAAUAAAGCCAAUAAUCUCUUUCAAAUGUUAUUACAUGUUAAUAAGAUAUUCUUAUUUUUCUGAUAUGAUAGAAAAUUAUCCCUACUUAAUGUUAUAACUGGCAAAAAAUUGUUAUUACAAAUGCCUCACAGUGAAACCAAUAAUUUCUCAACUAUUUAGAAUUAUUUGUUAUAACUCAUUAGCCUAGCUUCCUGACAUCAGAUUUUAAAAAUAUAUUUGUUUUGUAGUAAAGAAAUAAGAGAAUAAUACUUCCUAAUUAUUUGUCUUAUUAUAUCCGAAUGGAAAAUAUUGAUAUAUUAAUAGAAAAACUUUCAUUUGGAAUUAAUGGUAGAUUAUAUUUCCUGUUCUGAUUGUGCUGUUCCUAAUUAUUGAAUGCUGGUUUUUAUUGAUCUGGCUGCUACUUAAAUGGCAUAAAUAAUGAAGGUACUGUGAAAUUAUUAUGGCAGUGGUAAUUUUAAAGUUAGUUAUAUUUCUACAAAGGCAGGUUAUAUUUCUACAAAGGCAGGUUAAGUUCAUUGUAAAUAACUGUGUAAAUCACUGUUCCAGUAAUUUUAAGAUAACAUUAAUUUUUCUACAAAAUACAAGAUUUAUAAAUGUUUGAAAUUACACCCAUCGAUAAUUAAUGGUGAAUUUAUUUAAAGUAAGUUGACACCUUAUUUCGUAUUUGCAUUUCUCAUUUACAGAUGAAAGUUCAGUUAACAGAGAUGUUUCAGCAGACACAAAUGCCACCUUUUAGCGCUUGUUUACAUGCACUGAGGAGCUAAGUAACUGCAGAAGUAGUUUCAGGAAUGAUAAACACCUUAAUCACUCUGUUAGAACAGACUAAACAGUUUCUACCUCAGCAUUUCCAGAAAAUACAUUGUCAAGGCCAAUGGCCAUUAUCAGUAAAAUAUCACCUGGCUGAGACCUAUAUAUCUGUAGGCUUCAUCCCUUACCUCAGCUUCUGUCUGCUUGGUUUAGCCAGUGAGGUCUGGACACCAUUGUACGUUCAUCCUGAUGUCAAUAUCUCUAUAUUUUGUUCUCCCAUUGAUCGAUAAAAUAAAUCAUGCAUUAAUGCUU